GUGCAUGAAGAUGGCCUCGUUGAACCUGGUAGCAUGCGUGGCAUUAGCAACUAUGGCAGCUGGCAGCGUCCUACCGCAUCGUCGGGGACCUGUGGACGCCUUUAGGGUGAUAGACGAGUUCGACCGAGGCGUGAGCAUUUACACUUCUAUCAAUGACACCGAUAUGAAGUGUGCGACUGCCACUCGUACAUACUUGGAUCUUGAGCAGAAGAAGGCCACCUAUGUCUGGGAACUGAAAGGGCACGGCGGUUCUGUCAAGAGAAACGUGACGGUCAAUUGGCAAGGAGGAGAUGCCCCUGACCUGCCCGCCUACCAUAUCGACUACGAUAUGAUGUGA